GGAUUAUUUGAUUCACGUAGUAUUUGCUUGUGGCACGAUGGUUGAGGAGCAUGGAAUCAGCCCAUUACAACAACUAGACUACGUGCCAGCUCUAAGCUGAUUAUAAAUGCUGGGACAAGGAGGUCGAUGGCGACAUGUGGGGGUGUGUUGACCAAAUCGUUCCCCACUCUAUACUCGCCCAUGGGUAUAAGAGCGCUUGCUCAAUCACACCUUAUACGAAACGAUCAGCACGACCGUACACAUUAACUAUCUAUAACUAAAAACGAUCUGCGACGUAAUCGGCUUUCAGAAAAUGUCUACUGUUGUCACAAAAACAUCGGCUCCUGCCGAGGACAACACCCAAUAUGAUUUCGCCAACUUGAAGCCAUACCAGCAUCCACCCGAGACUACCGCAGACCUCCCCUGGUCCGAGCUGGUCACUUUGGACCUCUCAGACUACGAGCGUCCGGGCGGCAAGGAGCGGCUCGCUAAGCAGCUCGAGCACGCGGUGCACCACGUGGGGUUCUUCUACGUGAAGAACUUCGGGCUGCCGCAGGAGGUGGUGGACCAGCAGUUCACGCUGGCGCAGAGCUUCUUCGAGCUACCCGUGGCGGAGAAGGAGAAGUACGAGGUGCGGUAUGCUGAGGCUGACUACAACGGCUGGCGGCGGCCGGGGCGGCGCCUGGACGCCAAGGCCUACAACAACAUCGAGAUGUACAACUUCGCCAAGUUCACCCCGGACUUCGAAGGCAAGUACGACCACCCGGCGCUGAUCCGGGCGCAUCUCUCCGAGAUCGAGCACUUCCACCGCACGCUACACGGGAACGUGGUCUUGCCGCUGCUGCGCCUGUUCGCCAUCAUCCUCCAGCUGCCGGACGAGGACUACCUCGUCAGGCAGCACACGUACGAGAAGAAGAGCGAAGACCACUUCAGAUACAUGCUCUACCACCCGCGAACGGAGGAGCAGUGGGCCGAGAGCAAAUACGGCGCAGCGGGCGGCCACACGGACUUGGGGACCGUCACGCUCCUGUUCCGGCAGCCGGUCGCGGGGCUUCAGAUCCUAGGCGAGGACGGCAACUGGACGUGGGUCAAGGCGGAGCCGGGCACCAUCACGGUCAACCUGGCCGACACAAUCUCACACCUCACGGGCGGGUGGCUGAAGAGCUCGGUGCAUCGUGUCUUCGCGCCGCCCGAGGACCAGCGCCAGUACAAGCGCACGGGGCUGCUCUACUUCGCCCGUCCGCACAACGAUACGGUGCUGCUUCCGAUCACGGACUCGCCUGUGUUGGAGCAGGCGGGGGUGAAACCUCGAUUUGAUAAAAAUGUGACCAUGGAAGAGUGGGUCAGGGCCAAACAGACAUUACAGCUCAAUCCAGAAAUUGCUCGCAAGCGAUGGGCUGAAAGGGGAGAUGGGACUGUCGAGGUUCUCGCAGGUUUUAAAGACCAAAGGUAUAAAGAGUAGAAGGAUUAACGCAUUGCGUCAUACUCUCAUAAUUACAGGUACUUGGUUCAAGUAGUAACAUAGUUGAAUUGUAAUGAUACAAGCCUAUCGUCCUUUGAUAACUCAGGCAUAAC